AUGGCCAACCUUCCCACUCGUGUGAAGGAGAUCGGCCUCAGCGAGGUUUACCGUGCAGAAAAGCCUCUUGUUGAUAUCGUGUUCGUGCACGGCCUCAACGGUCAUGCGUACAACACCUGGGCUUCCAAGAACAAUGGCACCUUUUGGCCCGCCGACCUCCUUCCUGAAGUCCUCGGCCCUAAUCACGUUCGCAUUCUAACGUACGGAUACAACGCCAACGUCACGGCUUUCACCGACGGCGCCUCCAAAGACCGGCUUCACAAUCACGCAGAGACGUUGGCUUCGGGCUUGGCUGCGAAUCGAAAUCUGCGGAGUUGUUCAGACAGACCCAUAAUCUUCGUUUGCCACUCGCUGGGCGGCCUGGUCGUCAAGCGCACCCUCAUUUACUGCCGGAGCGUGAACAACGAAAAGAUCCAGCAUCUCAGAUCCAUAUACGUUUCCACGUACGGCAUCCUGUUCCUCGGAACACCCCACAAUGGGUCCGACGUCGCCAAGUGGGGCGCGCUUCUGCAGAACAUUUGUAGUGCUGUGAUGCCGAAGAAGUUCAUGGAAUCCUCGCCUCACUUGGUCAAAGCCCUCAAGACAAACAACGAAACGCUCCAGAACAUCAACAGCCUCUUCGCAGACAUCACGAGCCGCUUCCACAUCUAUUUCUUCCAUGAAACCUUGUCCAGUGACGUCAAGGGCACUCGCGAGCUGAUCGUCGACGAGAGCUCUGCGGCCCCUUACAUGGAAGGUGUCGAACGGAUGGGCAUCGAAGCUGAUCAUAGUCAUAUGUGCAAGUUUGACGAUGAGGGCUCCCCUGGAUAUGAGGCGGUGGCAGAGGCUCUCUUGCGAUAUUCGCGUGACGCCCCAGCGACCAUACAUGAGCGCUGGAUCGAAGAGGGAAAGGCGCGCCGGCUCAUGAAAGAGACAAUAGCCCGGGAAAUGUUUGGCAAUGUGGACACGGAACAACUUGGAAGAAGCGCACCGGACCUUCGUUCAAUUGGUAAGCCACAGAUGCUUCCUGGUCCGCAUUCUCCGAUCACUUGGAAGCAGUACGAGGUCGAAGAGCCCGCGCAACCUCCAGUGCCUUAUAGUAAUUCUGAAUUAAUGGUACUACCUUCUGAGAGAAGACGCUCGGUUGUAUCGGAAAUAGCGAUGGCGGAGAGCACCGAGCUUCCUUUGUCACGAUCCCUACGGGCUGAUCCGCUUUUCGUGGUCCCGCCCGGCUUUCAUCCAAAUGCGACUUUUGUAGGUAUGAAGAAGGAGCUUGAAGUGUUGCAUGCGCGUUUGUUCAAAGCCAAGAAGAGAGCGGAACGUCUAAUGGCUGUUUUGAUUUGUGGAGGACCCGGCAGUGGCAAGUCGCACCUUGCACGACAAUACGUGUGCACCCAUCGAGAUAUCUACCCAGCGGGGGUUUUCUGGGUCGAUGCCAAGUCCCUCGAAUCAACUUACAAAUGCUUCUGGGAUAUGGCUCAAGCGGCCGCACUGACGGAUGGGCAGGAAUUCCGGUACCCCGACACCAACCCAUCGCGCAAGUAUGUAGAUUCGGUGAGGACAUGGCUGCAAAACCGGGAAGGCUGGCUCAUUGUGUUCGACGGAGUCAGCUUUGCGCACGAGCAUGAUAUCAACAACUUCAAGCAGUUCCUCCCGUUCAACAAGCACUGCAGUAUCAUCUACACCUCAGUGGAUAAAACCCUGAAGAGAAAACAACGUCUGUACGAGCCAUAUUGCCUUCAGGUGAAGCCACUCGAGCCGGAGAACGCAUGCAAGCUGCUUUUUGAAGACCUCGGUAUUAGAAAACCGACCGCAGGCCAGAUCAGGAAAGCCACGGAACUGGUAACUCAUUAUGAGUGCCUUCCUCUCGCUAUUCAUGCCAUUGGCCACAGGCUCAGCGCCACGUCAAAGCCAAUUGAGCGAUAUCAUAUCAAUUCACAUUUGACAGACGAAAAGCUGGCGGAACCGUUUUUAAGCAUCAUGCACGAUUUGAUGUGUUUGGGGCACUGGGCGGCGCUCAACCUGGUUAACAUGCUUUCGUUCUUUAGUCACCAUAUCCCUGUCGGUCUCUUGACCUUGGGUCUCUCAGCGCGUAUACAGCAGAGAGCUGGAGUCAUGACCCAAAGCAGAAGCGGAGAAGCGGGGGACCUUGACACGACGAUCGGAAUCUUGAUCCGAUAUGGCCUUAUUGAACGAGUAUCUGACUCGUACCCGUUGCACCCCACAGCUCUGUCGCCCCAGGCCGAAAGAGACAAUGUACUGGAACAGAAGUUUGUGGUGCCAGACCUUUCUGAGUCGCAAACAGAGAGCAGCCAGGAAGCCUUCUUCUCUUCAGUCUUACAGAACGCAGGAACGAUUGACGUCUUGAAAAUCCAUAGUGUCGUUCAGGGAUUUUGCCGUGACGAGCUGAAGAUGAUGGAUGAAGAAGAGCGGAUGAAAGCCGCCGCCACCAAUCCAAACGCUCUGGAGACUGGAUUGUAUGAUUCAUGGCUUGUAGUGGUAUGCGACGUACUCAGCACCUCGUACGAGAAAGUCCAAGCAAGAAACGAAAGUCACGGCGGCGGCGGACUUGUCAAAGAUUACCGCGAGUUCGAGACUCAUGUGUCAAAGGUACUCGAGCACUUCCCAAGACGAUCAGCCCGGGAGGCAGCUGCGGUCCGUCAGGCGCGGGAAGACAUGAGGAUAUUGAAGGGGAGUAUUUCCAAGGUGAUAGAUCGGAUUUCACCAAGCUCUGGUUCGAUUUGUAACCAACGCUCGGUCUUUGAUCGGUCAAGCAGCUCGUCUUCCUCGGUGCCCGAGUCCGCCGCUGAGGACUUGCCUGCUUGGCUUGAACCAACGGCGCUUCAGGUGGAAUCUCCGCAGGAGGCCGCUCCACGCCCGCAGAAAUUUAAUCUGAAGCCUUUCUUCCCACACAUAUUUCGUCACUCCAGCCAGGAUCAGGCGGGCGACGCUCCUCCAAUCUCCCAAACAGGUGAAGCAAGCGAGAGGCGGAAGUCCAAUUCAUCGGAGGUGGUAUCUGGUACGAAUGCGUCGGAUGACCGAGGCUGGCACCUUGUCAAGAAAUCUUCGAAGCCCUCAAAGCCCGCUGCUAACAAGCCUAAACGGCCCACUUUACCGCAUCGCAUUCGAGGCUCUCAGCCUGCUGCGCCUGUUCUCAAGGUCUUCCCCGUAGAAGGCAUAUCGGGCAAGCCUGGAGACCAAGACCGUAGCAGCUCUCGGACCUCGGCGUCGGAGGCGUUGGCGGCGGUCACACAAAUCACGCGCCCGCCGAUGAACAGCAGGCAGUUUGCAAGUGCCCCAGGCGAUUUCACAAAGAGCUUGUCGAAGGAAAAUGAUUCGCCCAGCUACGCCACAAUUGCAGCCAGACAGGCGCAACAUAUGACUGAAAAGCCACGGUCAUCCUCGAUUCCUAGUAGAAGCCGGCCAAGGUUGCAUGGUCUGCAGGAUAAAUCCUCUGAAGAAUCACUUUUCAACCGUUCGAGCAACGUCAUGUCCUCGAAGCCUCCAAUGACCUCUUCGACAUAUAGUGAGCCUGAUCCGGCGUAUUUGAGCCAUCAGCUGAAAGCUCUGGAACUCGGCGUAACGGCCAGUCGAUACAGAGCGCCUCCGGGCACGUCUUUCAGCGGUAUUGGGUCCCCCAUGGGAGAUAUGUCAGCAAGCACACCGUCUAUGACAUAUCUCGCACCGGGCCUGCCAUACGAGGGUAAUAUCGAUAUAUCAGCAGCACGUCGACUGAGCACCACACCAUCGACAUCAACAGGCCCAAUUUCUCAUCCAUCUGCGAUCAUGCCCGGAACAUCACCACCAUUUUCAGACCUGCAGGCUGGAUACACGUCCGAGCCGGCCCCAGAACCGAUGUCUCGUGAUAUGUCCGCGAAGUCACAACAGUCCUGGGCUACCGACCCCAUUCCUUAUCCCCGUAGAUGGGCCCCGGUUAACAUCAUUCCACCAAUACCGAAUCUGGCACCACCGCCAAAGCCAAGUAAAUUUCAGACAGAGCUUUCCUACGCAGCGGCAGCGGCACAUCUCCGGCCUCUGGAGCCUCUGGAGGGUCCCGUCCCAUUCGAGCCUGUUUGGCCGCGUAUGAAUGUUGACAGCAGACCACAGUUUGGUGGGCCAGUGCAAUAUGCAGCAGCAGCAGGGCAAUUCUUGCCUGGGUACCCUGCAACUUACCACCCAAACCUCUCGGGACCUCUACUUUCACAAGAGAUCACCAUCCCGAUGGCGGAGCCGCGUGGCGGGCGAGCCCGGAGUGGGAGCUCUCCUCCACGACAAGAAUAA